AUGGGGAAGAAAGAAACUAUACUCGGCCAAGAUGAAGACAGAAGGCUUCGUACUAUUACUACUGCUGCUACUACUACUGCUACUACUGCUACUACGGCAACUGCUACUGUUGCUACUGCUACUACGGCUACUACAGCUACUACUCUUGCUAUUGCUGCUACUACGGCUACUAUUGUUGCUACUGCUACUACUACUGCUGCUACUCCUACUCCUACUCCUACUCUUGCUGCUCUUGCUCCUGCUCCUGCUCUUACUCUUGCUCCUGCUCCUGCUCCUGCUCCUGCUCCUGCUCCUGCUCCUGCUCCUGCUCCUGCUCCUACUCCUACUCCUCCUACUACUACUGUUGUUGCAACUACUACUACUAUGUUUUGCUUGACAUAUUUUCUACUCUAUUUUGGUUAUUUUAUUGUUAGGAUAAUGUCAUAUGGUUGUUGCUUAUGGCCUUAA